AUGUCCUUCACGAUCCCCGCGAACAUCGCGCCGCCCUCCGACUCGGGCUCGGACUCGGCCUCCGACGAUGGAGGCUGCUCCGACUGGAACUCGACGCUUGGCGACGCUCUCUGCACCCAGGCGCUCUUCGAGGACACCGUCUACCCGACCGCGCAGGAGGCGCUUGCCGCCGAUGCUGCCAAGGGCUUCGACCUCGCUGCUGUGUCUGCCAAGCUCGGCCUGGACCUCUACGGUCGCAUGCGCCUGAUCAACUGGAUCCGCCGCGACAAACCUACCCCCGCCGACGCCGCUGCUAUCGCCAAGGACGACCCGAAGCUCAGCGACGAUGCGCUCCUCCAGCCCGUCCUCGCCGACGACCCGCUCCUCCAGCUUGAGUUUGACGAGGACUGGUCCGACGAUGAGGAGGCGCCCAAGGCCGAGUCCUCUGCCGAGGUCGAGAAGCUCAAGGCUGAGAUUGCCGCUCUCCGUGGUAUGCUCGACCGCACCAUGGUUGAGGAGGUCGACACCAAGGGCAAGGGCAAGGUCCGCGACGACGACACGCACUACUUUGACUCGUACGCCGAGAACGACAUUCACGAGAUCAUGCUCAAGGACACGACCCGUACCGUCUCUUACGCCCGCUUCAUCCUCUCCAACCCCGCCGUCUUCCGUGACGCCGUCGUCCUCGACGUCGGUGCCGGCACGGGUAUUCUCUCCAUGUUCGCUGCUCGCGCCGGUGCCAAGCACGUCUACGCUAUCGAGGCGUCUGGACUUGCCAGCAAGACUCGCGAGAACAUUGCCGCUAACGGCCUGCAAAGCAAGAUCACCGUCAUCCAGUCCAAGGUCGAGACUGUCGAGCUCCCCGUCAAGACUGUCGACAUUAUCAUCUCCGAAUGGAUGGGCUACAUGCUCCUGUACGAGAGCAUGCUCGACUCUGUCCUCGUCGCCCGUGACCGCUUCCUUGCCCCCGGCGGCCUCAUGGCCCCGUCGCAGACCCGCCUUGUCAUUUCUGGCUCAACCGCCACCCGCCUCCAGCGUGAGCGCAUCACGUUCUGGGAGAACGUCUACGGCUUCGAGAUGAGCAAUGCCAUGACGACGCCGUACUACGGCGAGGGUCUCGUCGAGGUCGUCGACAAGGAGGAGGUUGUGACGAGCGACUGCAUCGUGCGCGACAUCAACAGCCACACUGCGACCGUGGCGCAGCUCGAGUUCAACGCGCCCUUCUCCCUUGUUGCGACCUCGGGCAAGACGGAGACGGUGCGCGCCUUCCUGACGCACUUUGACACGUUCUUCUCCCCGAUCGCCGGCGAGGCGGGCCACGUCCCGCCCCACCAGAACGUGCACAUCCACGAGUUUGCCGACGACCUCACCGAGAAGACGGUCGAGCCCGUCAACAACGCCGAGGCCAACCUCGUCUCCUUCACGACUGGUCCGCGCGGCCAGCCGACGCACUGGAAGCAGGUGUCGUUCCUCCUCCGCGAGCCGUUUGAGCUCAAGCCGGACCAGACAGUCAAGGGCCGGUUCUACUGCAAGAAGGCGUCGUGCAACUCGCGAGAACUCGAGAUCGAGAUCCACUACGCCGUGUGCGACCCUGGACAGGAGCCCGAGACCUACAAGGUCCACACGUCCAAGGUUCAGUAA